UGGUCCUAAAAGGAAAGGAUCAUUUAAAUUAAAUCGUACUCGCGUCAAAAUACCGCAGUUCUGUCCGCUUUCCUCUUCUUAUUCGGCUUUGCCCUUUCCAGCCGCGACAAAGGGAAAGGGCGAGUUGUUUUGAACGAUUAGAUCAUCGUUCAUGGCCUCGAGGAGGAUCAUCAAAGAACUCAAGGAUCUGCAGAAGGAUCCUCCUACCUCUUGCAGCGCUGGCCCUGUGGCUGAAGACAUGUUCCACUGGCAAGCUACGAUAAUGGGUCCAUCAGACAGUCCAUAUGCAGGGGGUGUUUUUCUCGUCACCAUCCACUUCCCUCCAGAUUAUCCAUUUAAGCCACCUAAGGUUGCUUUCAGGACCAAGGUUUUCCAUCCAAAUAUUAACAGCAAUGGAAGCAUUUGCCUGGACAUAUUAAAGGAGCAAUGGAGUCCUGCUUUAACUAUUUCCAAGGUGCUGCUGUCAAUUUGCUCCCUCUUAACUGAUCCAAAUCCAGACGAUCCUUUGGUUCCUGAAAUUGCCCAUAUGUAUAAGACAGAUAGGACCAAGUACGAGACCACCGCUAGGAGCUGGACCCAGAGGUAUGCAAUGGGCUAAGACACACCAAAGAAAGUUGGAAGUUCCAUUUGGUUCAGUGUCUGUGAUGGUUGUAUUAGCUAUUUAUUUAUAAGAAUUAUUUAUAACAUUCAAAUCGAACUGUGCUGCUUGUGUCACGUAACUGACUUAAAAAUUAGCUAGAAAAAGUGUCCACUGCAGACUCAUCAGACUGUUGUUGUAUUUUAUUGUUUAUAUGAUAACUAUAUUUGAACA